CCAGUACACCAGCUCAGUUUGGUUCACACACACAGUGAGACACGCGCGCACGAACGCACGCACAAUCAUAUCUCAAGCCGGAGUCAGACUCAGGAAACAGAAUGCCAGGGAAGGAAGCGUAGAAGUCAGCGGGAAAGCAGAUUUCUCCUCAAGUCGACUCAGUUCUUUUCUCUCUGUGAAGGCUUGAAGGCAAGGACGAUCUUAAGUGAAAAAGCAAGAACAUUUUAGGUUUAGUUCAGCAGACACCUCCACGCGGGUCCCACCAACCACUGGAUUUGGAAUUCCACAGAAGACAUUCAUCAGGAGGAAAUUCUUCAAAUUCUCUUCAUCCCUGCUUAACGCACCUCGAGAGCUUCACUUUCUGUGGCAUCAAACUGCAGGAGGACACACAUCAUCGGGUUCAAUCCCGCAAAAAUAUGACUCUGUCACGGAACGGGACAUUGGAGAAGACAUCUGAGCUGCCCCACUCUGAAACGAGCUCCCCUUCGAGAGCUGCUGGGGUGGUGGUCCCCCCACCGUACUCCACGAGUGGCAGCGAUGCCCCCGACCCGCCGCUGGAGUUGAGGGGCUCUCUUGACUGCUGGGCCUGCUCCGUCCUGGUCACAGCUCAGAAUCUUAUCAUCGCAGCAAUAAACGGCUUGCUAGCCGGCAUCGUGUUUGGUACCAUCCUCACCCCGGCGCUUGUCAUGAUCAUAUUCGGCUUCCUCUGCCACUCAACGGUGCAGCCACAUGGUACCUCAGUGUACUGUUCAGACGUACUGGAUGAUGCUGGCUGCGUAGCAUUGCUGGUUGUCGGAUUUCUGCUGCUCACGCCGCUGCUGGUCCUGGCUCUAGCAGCCUUCUGUCGCCUGGCUCGCCACCUCCAACUGGGCUUGUGCUUCAUUCCCUACAGCAGAGCCGUGUAUAAAAACCUGCCCCCCGCCCGCAGCAGGGAAGUAGGAUUGGGCGGCUGUUGUAGCAUGCCCGAGGCCUCAGACAGGGAGGGAAAGGGCAGCGUUUGGGUGUAAUGAGACGAGCCCUCUGACAUUAGGAUAGAGGAUUUUUAUUUUCACGCAUCCCCGUUUGAUGAAGUGGGUUAUGUUCAUUUAAAACCUUUGUUGAAAAAAAAAAUCAAUCUGCUAGCCUUUCAGUGCAAAUGGAUGUUUAACCUAUAGUUUUGUACACUAUUCAUGUAUUUUCUAAGAUAUUUUUUUCCAAUAAAACCACACUAAGAAGUCAAGACUUUCUCUUAACACGUAUUCAUGCAAAUUCAUAUAAUCUUCUUUUUUUCCCAACGUAUAACAGUUUGUUUUAUUCUAUUGUUAUUUUCUGAAUUCUUAUUUUAUUUAUAACUGUUUUUUUUUUUUUUUUUUCUUUUUGUAUUUUUUAAAUUCAGUCCAGUUAAUUCAUUUAUUAUAAGUAAAAUAAAUGAAUGAAUUGAGUAUGUGUGCCCAUUUUGCAAGUAUUUUGCCCAUUGCAAACUACAUUAAUACUACAAUUUGAUAUCAAAUGGGGGCCACAAAAUACUGUCCCAUGGGCUGCAAUUGGCCCCUCAGCUACAAGUUAGUGACCCCUGCCCUUUAUGAAUGUAAUAAAAAACAAUAAUGAUGGGGUAAAGAACAAUAAUUCAUGCAUGAAAUGGUUAAAAAAAUGCUCCUGACAGUUACUGAAGAGAUAUAAAAAUCCUUUAUUCAUAUAUAAAUUACAAACAAUGUUUAAGGAUUUGUUUUUCUUUGGUGGAGUUACACAAUUGCCAUUCUGUUUUACAUCUCAUCUGGACCUGUACUUUAUUUUAGACAAGAAUUUAUUGAGUUUUCAUGUCCCCGACAGAUUUGUUGAGUUAACAAGGCUGGUUGUUAAUGUUUGUCAAUAAUUUGUGAUGUGGAGCUUUAUAUGGAGCUGUGAAUGCACCGGGUUGCAGGCUUCCACGUCCAUCCUCAUCCACUUGACCCAUGAUGAUGUAGUUAGCACCUGUGGGAAACAAAUAGAAGGAUCAGAUGAUUUAAACAGUGUGAUGGGAUGCAAAAUAUGUUCAGUAUAUGUGUGGGUGUACCUCUGCGAAGCAAUGGGCACUUCCUGCAUUGUGACACCAAUCUAACCGACAUGGUCUCUCCAACUUGCGCGAUUGUUAGUUGACCUGCUUUGUAGGUCCUAAUGAGGGAUACCCCAAUGAGAAGGGUGCCCCGGGGUCCAGGGGCCAAGGAGGUCACCUUUCCAGUUAUCACUAAAAAACACAUAAAAAAUUGAAAGAAUGCAACGUUUGAUUAGUUGGAUUGAUUAGUAUGAGCUCCACCAAGCAUGAUAGCGCAGUCUCUUGUAUUUUCUGUUGAAAGUCCAUUUUAGUAUUUCCGUCACUAUCUUUCAUUUCACUGUGACAUACUAGUAAGGGUAGGAGUGGGAACCUCUUGGUAUCUCACGAUACGAUACGAUUUGCGAUACAAAGCUCGCGAUAACGAUGAUCUGACAAUAUGGCAAUACGACGAUUAUCGAUACAUUGGUCGGAAAAUCAUUCUAGGAUAUUCUACAAACAACUAAUACAAUGGGAAAAAUAAGUAUUUAGUCAACCACCAAUUGUGCAGGUUCUCCCACUUGAAAAGAUUAGAGAGGCCUGUAAUUGUCAACACUGGUCAACCUCAACCAUGAGAGAAAGAAUGUGGAAAAAACAAACAGAAAAUCACAUUGUUUGAUUUUUGGAGAAUUUAUUUCCAAAUUAGAGUGGAAAAUAAGCAUUUGGUCACCUACAAACAAGCAAGAUUUCUGGCUGUCAAAGAGGUCUAACUUCUUCUAACGAGGUCUAACGAGGCUUCACUCGUUACCUGUAUUAAUGGCACCUGUUUUAACUCAUUACCGGUAUAAAAGACACCUGUCCACAACUCAGUCAGUCAAACUGUGCAACAUAUCCAUGUCAGUAAGUAUAAUUUUCAAAUGCCAUAUAUCUUUAAUGCUUCGUUAAUAGAUGUAGUGUAUGUAAUUAUGAUGAUUAAAAAAGGUUCGUAUAAAGAAUCUUUUAAAAACUUUUGGUACCACAGAGUAGCUUUUCCAAUUUCGUUGUUUGCUAGGCUUGCAAUGACAAUAAAGGAAUUGAAUUGAAUUGAAUUGAAAAUGUAUUUUUCUGAGGUUGCCUCACCACUCCAUUAUUUUAAGAAAGAGCUAGUUCAAUAAAUAUCAAAAUUUUAAGUGAUUGCUUUUAUUUGUAUAUAUGGUUAAUUCAUGUGUGAUUUUACGUAUUUUACAUACACAGUGUUGUUAAUCUACUUUAAAAUUUAAUUACAGUUACAAAUUACUUCUCCCAAAAAGUAAUUGAGUUAGUAACUCAGUUACCUGAAUGUAAAAGUAAUUAGUUACUUGGCAAAGUAAAUGGUGUUACUUUUCAUGUUUUUUUCCCCCCAAUCAAACAAACAAACAAACAAAAGAAAACCCAUAGGUCACACUAUGUGAAGUUCAGGUUUUUGGGACAAUUUGCCUAGCCCAAUUCUUUAACCUAAACUUACACAGGGGAGUUGUGGAUAUUGCGAUAACUAGAUAGUAACCUUUGCUAUGUUUGGAAGUCAUUUAAUGUUGUUAAUCAACCGUUGAAGUUGUUAAAAUUGCUACUGUUAUUGCAUUAGUUCUCUUCUGUUUACUUUCGACAUUUUAAAAUUAUUUCAUCAUUUAAAGAUAUAUUCAAGUAAUGAUUUUGCCAAUUUAGGAGUAUUUUAGAUAUAAAGUUACUUAUGUUUGCUAGAAAGGAUCUCUACAACAGCUUUCCUGAGAAGUCUACUGCUACAAGAUGGCAGCUGUUUAUUAACGCCGGUGAAUGUAUCAUUUCGCAUCUACUUCUUUAUACAUUUGCUAACGCCGCCGAGUCUGUAAUUUUACAUCCAGCUCUAUAUACAAGUGAUAUCUAACAUAGCAUCAAGUGGGUUUAGUUUGUAGGUUGUUUGCUACAGUCAGGUAUUAUUGGAGCCACCUAGCCUAGCAUCGUGUUUGCACCGGCGUCACAACUCCUUUCACUCCUUCCCACUACCGCUCUUCUCUCCGUGUCUCUCAGACUUUUCUAACGUCAUUCAAC